AUAAUUUCUUCAUUUUUUAUCACCUGAAAAAGAUAUAAGUAUAUUAUUAUCAUUAUUACAUAACUCUAACGUAACUAUGUGUUGUUAAAAUGCUACAAUACAUACGUAGAUGGAUAAAACGAAACAUAUAACGAGUGUUAUUUUUUUACCGUUGAUCAUCGUCUCAUAAUUUCACUGUGGUAAUAGUAAAAGCGCCACAGCCUUUGAGAUAUGGACACGUCCUCAGACUCGGACAGCGCACUGUCGCCUGGCGCUUACGAUCAAGUGACGUUCAACGCGGCGGCCUCGAUGACCGGUUACGACGACCCGGAGAUCAUCAAAUCUCCGUCCAGACACUCAGAGUCCUCGGCCAGUGGCAGCGAUGUCGCGGAACCACGAGGGGCCUUGGCCCAUCAUCACAAGUUCUCCAUAGAUCGCAUCCUGGGCCGGUUCAGCGGUGGUGACGCUGCGGCCGCGACGGCCAUCGACUCCUGCCCAGAGACAUCGGACCCCGGCAAUCGUCAUCGAAACGAGUUGGCGUUGCGCGGCGUGGAUGGCAUCGCGGAACUUAACGGUCAUAAUUUUCCUUACUCGUCGCUGCUGUACGGCGGGUGGUUUGCAGCUGCGGCUGCUGCAGCGGUAGCUAACAAGACACCACCGUCCCAUUUAUUCGGUCUUCAGGCUCCAAAAACUGUGGGAAGAAGAUCUAGGAAGCCAGGAUUGGAUCGAAAACCCAGGCAAGCGUAUAGUGCAAAACAGCUAGAAAGAUUGGAAGCAGAGUUUAAAACGGACAAGUACUUGAGCGUGAGCAAGCGCAUGGAGCUGUCCAAGGCGCUGAACCUGACCGAAGUGCAGAUAAAGACGUGGUUCCAGAACAGGCGGACCAAGUGGAAGAAGCAGCUGGCGUCCAAGCUGAAGAUCGCGCAUCGGCACGGUUACUUCCAACCGGUGCAGCACUACGCGUCGCUGUUCGCGCCGCACUGUUACUUCCCAGCGGCGGCGGCUGCGGCUGCGUCUGCUGCGAGCUCCUCCCCGUCCGGUGCCGCGGGUGGCGUUCAAAACUUCGGUUGCGGUUUACCGCCGCCGGCGGCCUCGGCGGGGCGCGAGACAGCGGAACACGAGGCGGUCGCCGUUGAACGUCAAGUCGUCGCCGCCAAAACGGAACGGCAACACCACCAGCACCAGCACCGUCACCAGAGAUAAAAAAAUUUAUUGCAUUUGUCACAUUUCCAUAUUGCCGUCGUACCGCGGCGCACCUGUUGUCUACCUAUAUAUUUUGUUGUUGUUGUACCGUCGUAUACCUAGCUGCUAGGCAUACCUACUAUUACCUACCAAAUGUAUUUUGGAUUUGUGUUACACGCGUACAACAACAGGCGAUAAUAAACAAUAUACGAUAAUAUAAACAACAUUACAAAAAACUGAGUUUGUCAUUAUGCAGGUCGGGUACUCGGGUUCGCUCAAGUGUAUAUCGCCAUAUGCCUAUAUGCCUAUAUCGUCUAUCAGUGGCGUAGCUAGGAGGGUUUUGGGGGGGGUUUAGGUCCUCCACGUUGACAUUUUUGCCCCUAAUAAUAAAUUACCAAAGUAAUUAAGUAGAUAGGUACUCAAAAUACGUGAGUCCAAAUGAGUAAACACUUCAACACUUAUUACUGCUCGUUAAGACUUUAAAAAAGUAAAGUUGUCGCACACAGGAUUCGGUAUAUUCUAGACGGCGCUGAUGGAAAAAUAGUUGAGUACCUAUUAAAUUUAAUUCUCAUAGCGUGUAUACACUUCUAUAGAAUGAUUUCACUGAAAAUACUUUGCCAGUCAACUUGUUUAGCGAAACCUCUUAAUGGCGGUCGGCAUUAUGAAAACUGUGCCAACAUUUUCUUUUUCCUAAGUCGAUAUGUAAACUAUGGCAAACAAAAUUUAACAUAGGUACCAAAUAGUCUACUUAGUACCUAACUACUUACUUACUAAAAUAAAUUGGGGCAGUUUGUAUAAUGUAUCUUAUCCGUUUUGUCGCAGAUUGUACUAUAUAAUAUGUUAAUUUUUUCUUUGCAUAUCGACUUUUUGAAAGUGGGUAAUUUGUCAGCAGUUUAACAUCUCCCCAUUGUCAGUCACCGAAAUGUUGUUCGGGAUUCAAAGGACUUAAGAAUGUUUAUAGAAGUAUACUAAACUGUAUUCAAGAAAUUAAUUUUAAUAACCACCGUCAAUCCGAUUAAAUAUUAUUCAAACUUUUUGAACACACACCCCAUUUUAUGAGAACCAAUCAUAUUAAACCUUAAUUUAUAGUUGACACACAUUGUUAAUUAUUAAUUAACAUUCAUUGAAACAUUUUAAACUAUAUAUUUAAAUUAAAAUCAUACAAUUUUGGUAAGUGUUUCAAACACAUUAAGGGAUGUAUAUUGUCCAUCCUUGAUUUAUAUUAAACUAUUAUUUGCAAUUAUACAAUUUCUAUACAUCAACCAAAACAGAUACGAAAGAUUUUAAAAAAAAUUGUUUCAACUGUGAUAAGUAGUAUAUUAUGAGGGAUCUGUGUAUAAAUCAGAAUAAUACCAGGAUCUGUAUUCUGCAAUAUAAUCUUACAAGACACUUUAAAAAACCGGUUUUAGAGGAAAUAAUUUUCUGAUGAAAUAUUACUAAAUACUAGACUCGUCCAUUUCUAAAAAAAUACCCUAAAUCUUUGAUACAUUCAGUGUUGUGUAUAGAUUGUAAACUUCUAGUUUAAAAUAUUCUUAUACUACUUUCUCGGGUUGAAAUCUUCUAUUAGCUCUUUAUUGCUCAUACCAAAAAUGAUAAUUAAAGGUCCUAUAAAUGAUCCUACUAAUGAUAUUAUCCUCGAUUUUAAAAUAAUUUAAUACAAUACAUUGCGUUAUACAUUACUAUAUAUUUUAAGUGAGUAUAAUAAGUGAUCAGCGUAUUAAAAUAAUUUUGUUGCAACACAACAGCAACAUUAAUACAAAAUAAUCAGUUUAUAAAAAUAGUAUGGCAAAAUUUGGUGUAGUAAGAUUGUUUACAAUUAAAGGCAUUUCAUGCAAUUAAAAGUGAAAUAGUAUCAGUGUAAAAAUACA